AUGCCCGGCAUACAGAAACUCAUUGCUAGGGACCGGCUGGACUGGCCCGAUGCUGGAAACGGCAAAAAUGAAACCGUCCUCGGCGGUGUCCUUUUUCCAUUGUCGACGUUGGACCACUUCAACUAUACAUAUUACAGCAAUGGCACAAUGUCCAAUGGGUCGAAUUGCGUCCUAACGUUCAAGCCAUACCAGCCUGCUGAGUUGUUUCCCAAUGGCACAUUUCUCAAUGCGACAUCUUGCUACCAUGCUGUUGAUCCCAUCGCUGCGCGUGGCUAUGCUGGCAUUGCUGUCGCCGUGGCCUAUGGGAUCGCCCUUGUGCUGACCAUUACACUCUUGACGAAACAUGGAAAACAAUAUCUCCCGAAAACGAAGCGAUUCUUUCCGAUCGGACGGCGAUGGCAGUGGUACUGGGCCUGCUUUGUGAGCGCCUGCGCUCUCAUCAGUCUGUUUAUAAACGUCGAUGUCGACCGCUAUCGCGUCCAGGAACUCCCCAUUGUCAUCGUGUGCUUCUUCUGGUUCUUGCUCUGCCAGGGCACGACGGCACUGGUGUGGGAAUCUGUCAGGCAUUGGGGUAGCUGGCAAGAACGCCAGUUCGUGGACCCGAAUCCCUUUGUGUUGCGCGACGAUGACAGGCGGUCGAAAAUCGAGUUCUGGCUUCCUAUCUGGUUCUAUUUCUGGACCUGGCUCAACUUCUUCCUUGUGGUGCCUAGAAGCUGGACUUUCGUUGAAAUGCAACGGUCUCCAGAACAAACUGCUGCUAUUGCUAUUCCAUCGGCACUCAGUGCGCGCUUCAAGGUCGGCGCGUUCUGCCUCGUAAUCUCUUGGCUCACGAUUCUGUUCUCCCUCCGCCACUCCAUUCUUCACUACAGACCGCGAAACCGCGGCUUGCUUAACAAAUCUGUCGGACUCCUACAGUCUGUGCCAAUCCGAUUUAUGUGUACCAUUCCUCUCCUCGGAGCCCUGAUCGCCUAUCAGAUUUUCAUGUCGUUCAAUUGGGAGUUUUCCAUUCUAAGAUUCCACGGCGUUGUCCCCGUUCAAUUUGGCUGGGGAUAUGGACCGUCGCUUGCCAUAAUGCUUGUCCAGAUCAUCUAUGGAUACAUCAACCCCAACGAAGACAAGGAACUUAUUCGCCAGCGUCGCGAGCGAGGUGAGGUCAUUGAUCGCGAUUUGGGACUUGUCCAGAAGCCUGCAUGGUGGCGUCGUGCGAGAGGCGAACACGCAGAAGUGUCGUUUCGCGAUCGCAUUAUGCGCAAUGUCAAGGAAGUCGGAGGCGAGCGCGGUAUUGGCCGAAGAGAAGAGAAUGAGAUGGAAAGGCACAUACGACAAGAAGCGCUUCGCAUGGCCAUCGAUGACGGCAUCGAGCUCCCCAACUUGCCGCGACGACCAUCGCAGAAUCCCCGCGAAGACAGAGCCGGAGUACGAGACAUGAUGAGCAAUCCCUCCAAUUCAGACACAGCACCUCUGCCCCGAUACGACGGCAAGUCGCAGCGCAGACACACCGAGCGAGUCAUGCAAUCUGCUGCUGGCGUCCUGUUCCCCAGCAGCGAGGCCGACGCCGCACGAGCUCGCCGCGAGGCUGAACUGUUUGAAGAGGGUCCGCCGCCUGCCUACACGGACUCGGCCAGAGGGCGGCACGAGUCGGAGAGACCAGAGUCUGCGCACAGGCAAAACAGCACGUCGACAAUGAAUUCUGUGUCGGCCCCGCCGCAGCAAGUGCGCAGCAUGUUGGAUGUUUAG